AUGGUUCACGCUUCCCUACUCGAAUACCCGACCAAUUACAAAGAGGCCAUUGAUUGGCUUGUGGCUAUCAGAACAUCUGGUGGAAUAAAAGAGUUGGGAGCAGCUGUAGUCAAUCUAUUUGCAGAACAGUCCUAUGAUGAUGAGUUCAUGGCAUUGAUAAAGGAAAUUAGACUCAAAGUUAAACGAUACCUAAGGCAAUCCGGAUUUUCCGAUCAGCCUGCCGUUCGUAUCAUUCUGAAACUGUUACCAGACGAAUCAGAAUACCCAAUUGAGGUAGGAUCACCUCCUACUAUCACUGAGAUUGAAGAAGCGAUAGAAUGUCAACAUCCCUCUCAUAAGGAAGAGAAGGGUGUGCCGAUCGCCGACAAAAGCGAAAGUCAUAAACCAAAGCCGAUACUUCCCAGAAAUAUUAGCGACGCCGAUGUCAUAAAAGCAAUUAGUGAUUCUGCAGAUCAAUAUGAUAAACUUCUGAGGAAACUCUGGAAAAGUAAGACUUACGAGCAUUCAUAUGACGUUACCGCCACAUGGGAACAGUCUUGUGCACCUGAACCACAGACGUGCGCAAAAAUCUUUGUUGGAAUUGCCCCUAUGUUGGCAGCGGGAACCUGCGCUCUGAGGCACAUUGCCCUUUUUGCCUCGGAGAACGACCUUAUUGCUGACUCCACCAAGAAGGUUGGCUCAUUCUUGAAGGCAGCCGGUUUCCACAUCGGAAGAGACAUAAAUGCUAAGAAGACUGUCGGGAUCUUUAGGUUUAAUAUGAGCUUCGCAGACAACCGGUUCAUCAACAACCUUCGGGAAGUGUCCGGGUUGCCCAUGGACCUGUGA